AUGGUCGUCAAGGUCGGCAUCAACGGUUUCGGCCGUAUCGGUCGCAUUGUCUUCCGCAAUGCCAUUGAGCACGAUGACAUCCAGAUCGUCGCUGUCAACGACCCCUUCAUUGAGCCCAAGUACGCUGAGUACAUGCUCCGCUACGACACUACCCACGGCGUCUUCAAGGGCACCAUCGCCGUUGAGGGUUCCGACCUCGUCGUCAACGGCAAGAAGGUCAAGUUCUACACUGAGCGCGACCCCGCUGCCAUCCCCUGGGGUGAGACCGGCGCCGACUACAUCGUCGAGUCCACCGGUGUCUUCACCACCACCGACAAGGCCUCCGCCCACUUGAAGGGUGGUGCCAAGAAGGUCAUCAUCUCUGCCCCCUCUGCUGAUGCCCCCAUGUACGUUAUGGGUGUCAACAACGAGACCUACGACGGCUCCGCCAACGUCAUCUCCAACGCCUCUUGCACCACCAACUGCUUGGCUCCCCUCGCCAAGGUCAUCCACGACAACUUCACCAUCGUCGAGGGUCUCAUGACCACCGUCCACUCCUACACCGCCACCCAGAAGACCGUCGAUGGUCCUUCCGCCAAGGACUGGCGCGGUGGCCGCACUGCUGCUCAGAACAUCAUUCCCAGCAGCACUGGUGCCGCUAAGGCCGUCGGCAAGGUCAUCCCCGACCUCAACGGCAAGCUCACUGGCAUGUCCAUGCGUGUCCCCACCGCCAACGUCUCCGUUGUCGAUCUUACCGUCCGCCUCGAGAAGGGUGCUUCCUACGAUGAGAUCAAGGAGGUCGUCAAGAAGGCCGCUGAGGGUCCCAUGGCUGGCAUCCUUGCCUACACUGAGGAUGAGGUUGUCUCUUCCGACAUGAACGGCAACCCCGCCUCUUCCAUCUUCGAUGCCAAGGCUGGUAUCUCCCUCAACAAGAACUUCGUCAAGCUCGUCUCUUGGUACGACAACGAGUGGGGCUACUCUCGCCGUGUCCUCGACCUCAUCUCCUACGUCGCCAAGGUCGAUGCCUCCAAGGCUUGA